AUGGAACCUACGUUAAGUGAUAUUGAACUGCUUUCACCUUUGUGCGAUUUCAACAACGGAAUUCUGAGAAAUCCUGACGAAACUUCUCAUGACCGUCAUGACCAGGUUUCCAUUUCAUCGACGCUCGAUGUAAGCAAGACCGUAAGUAUACAGGCCACGCAAUUGCUCAAUUGCUCUCCCUUGGCUUGCCAAGAUACUUCUAUCGUUCUUCCCGAGCUCGAGGAUGACGGGACUCGACCGAGCUUUUCAUUUUCUGCUCUUAUUGCCAUGGCCCUUGUCUCUUCUCCUGAACGAAAGCUCAGUCUUCGUGAUAUCUGUGCAUGGAUCCGUGACAAGUUCACGUACUACAGAGACAACGAGAGCAACUGGUCAAACAGCAUUCGACACAACUUGUCUCUCAACAAGGCUUUCAUCAAGAUUGCCAAACCGAAGGAAAAGACGGGGAAAGGCCAUUACUGGACAGUUGAUCCAGCCUAUGUAAACAGUCUUUUCUCGGCUACAACCGGUUCCGUCACACGAGGACGGACAAACCCUUUGCCCCAUUGUACUUCAACAGUGACAAGCACUUCUACUACUUCUUCUUCCUCAAUCCCUUCAAGCUACCACAGUGACCAUGUCCCAACGCCAGCAGAAAUCUUGGAGCAAGCUGCAAGCUCUGCUUCUACUGAAUCGCCCGGGCCCACCAUUCAGUCACUACCAUCCAGCCCUUAUUCGCGUACAGUUCUACCUACUGAUUACCCCGGCGAACAGGGUUCGAUGCGUGAAAACUCCUGGAAUGCUUCGUCUACUCCCCCUGUCCUUGAUGAAACUGUAUGCCUGGAAGAUGGUGUCCCGCAAACGUUAAACACCGUCCGUUCGCCCGACGGUCUUUCCCGAGAUUAUCAUCGUAAUCUUUCAUUGUCAUCGUCUGAGUAUCUUCCAGUUUCCAGCGAAAGCCCAAACACGGCACUUCGCAUUCAUCGCGAGAAGGUCCGGGCAACCCUCUGUCCAAGCGACUUGUAUCGCAGUCCCCAAACUCCCGACCCAUGGAUUCCCCAAGUUUCCCAAACACAUUUAGCAGCUGUCACCGAAUCCAGCAGUGUGAAGCCGCAGUCUUUGUUCCAAGCAAUUGUGAACGCUACCUGCUUUGGUAGCCCAGAUAUGCUUGAAGCCAGACGUGUCGCUGAACGACGCAGUUUAAUCUGUGGCCUUUAUGCUCACGAACUUCGUGAAGACGACAACAGCCUCUUGGGAAAAGUCGAUGCCUUUGCCGUAGACUUAGUUGGUAUUGUGACUCGCGAAACUUAUCGUGCCCGGUUACUGCAAUCCUCUCCCAAGAGUGCAAAGCCUGACCUGAAUGUUUACUUUUAG